AUGGCGGCAGCCAUCAUCACAACACUCCCAGACCCGCCGCCGUCCCCCUCCCAGCAGGAAGAAGAAGCCCUCGACCGGCUCGUCUCGGCCCUGCAGAUCUGCGCGGGCUUCAACCGCCGCAACAAGAACCAGCACGGCGCCUCGAAAUGGUGGGCCCAGUUCGACAUCCUGCGCCGCAACGGCCGCCGCCUGCGCGACGAGCUGCAGGUCCUCGUCGAGCGGCAGGCCAGGCACGACAGCAGCGCCGGUAGUGCUCUCAGUGCCCAGAAGAAGAAGAAGAGGCAGCAGCAGCAGGAGGGAGGGGCCAAGCCGCCUUCCAGAGAGCUCGUCAAGGCGCGCGAGAUCGUCGACGCGAGAGCGAGGUGGCUCCAGAGAGAAUGCCUGCCCAGGACGUACCUCGCCUUCACCCAGCUGGCAGCCGAUAACCAGUACGCCGCCCUGGGCUUGCUUCUACUCGGAGUGCUUGCACAAAUACACAACGCACUCUCACUCCUCUUGGGCGAUGAGCAGGCAGAGCCGGGCACGACGCCGCUGCCAGAGCCCGCAUCAUCGGCCGAGGCUGCUGUGGCACGGUCCGCUGCUGUAGGACCUCCGUCUGCAUCUCAAGCCCAGACGCAGAAGUUGCCUCAAGGCAAGGUGGAUAUGGGGAUCGCCAUCUCGAGAAAUGAGCCUGAUCCCGGGAAACCGGUACGGAGAGAAGAUAAGCCCGGGAAAGGAAAGUCCAGCAUCGCGAUGGACUCUGAGCCGCAACAAGCUCAGACCACGGCAGGACAAGGACCCGACCCCGAGCCUAAAAGCAGUCAGAAGCGGGCUCUGGGUCCGGCAGGCGACGACGAGAAGAAGGACAAAAAGAAGAAAAAGAAGCGGAAGAAGGGCGAUGAGUUUGGCGACCUGUUUAGCUCUCUACUCUGA